GGACAAGAUUGCACAACACGUGGAAACCUACAAAACGGCGAUUUUUCUCGACUAUUGCGUCACCCAAACAGUUCCCAGGAGGACGAGACGUCGAAGGACCAAGAUGUCGCUUCCUGCUAAGUUAUUUUUCGGCGGCUGCGUGGUCACAAGUCUGGGAAUCAUCGGGUACAUUCACUACAGCCAGGUGCGGGACCGGGAACGCAUGAGACAGGGCCCGGUCAGGGACAUGGAGAGGGAGGCCAGGCGGAGACACAAUAUCCGUCUGCAGGUGGAACAGAUAGAACUCACCAAGAAAUAUGAGGAGGAACGGGACAGACAGACGGCUGGGGAGGAGGCGGGAAGAUAGCGGCAGUUCCAUGCCCGGUUGGGUCAGGCUUGUCA